CUUACUUAACAUAUCAUUCAUGAUCACCUAAGCCUAUUCCUUUCUUCCUUUCAUCUUAACUAUUCUGCCUCCUUCAAAGAUCAGACAUUUAUUUGAUUAAAAUGUCUGCUGGAACAUUUGCAGCUCCAGUUGCUGGGCCUGGCUUUGUGGGCUUGAAGUCCAACUCAUCAAGUCUUUGGCCCAGUGCUACUUAUUCCAUUGAAUGGAAAAAGAAGACUGUCUCCAAUGGUUCUAAAAUUCACUGCAUGAAGACAUGGAAUCCCAUCAAUAAUAAGAAAUUUGAAACACUUUCCUAUCUACCACCCCUUUCUGAUGACUCAAUUGCAAAGGAGAUUGACUACAUGCUCAAGAAGAGAUGGACACCUUGCCUUGAAUUUGAUGAGUUUGGGUGUAUUCAUAGAGCAAAUAGCCAGAUGCCAGGAUACUAUGAUGGGAGAUAUUGGACAUUAUGGAAGCUACCAAUGUUUGGUUGUAACGACUCUUCACAAGUGCUUAAUGAGAUUAAUGAAUGCAAAAAGACAUAUCCAAAUGCAUAUAUAAGAUGCUUAGCAUUUGACAACAAGCGACACAUGCAAGCCAUGGCUUUUGUUAUUCACAAACCUACUACCACCACAACUAAUUAAUCAAGCCAUUUUGUUCUUAUUUCUCUUCAAAUCCUUUGUUGAAAUUCUCUGUAGCCUAGUACUUGUUUAGUGGCAUAUGAAUAAAAUGGAUUUGGAAAGUCAGUUUGUUUGAGCAGAAUACAAAUAUGUUUGUACAUAUUAGUGUAUUAAUAGAUCUUUGUCGCUUUAUUGAACAUUGUUUAA